AUGGGCCAUGAGGCUGUGAAUGACCCUGCGAUCGAGGCAACACAGACGUAUGCGAGCGCCGUCAAGCGUGCGGCAAUCGACUACGCCGCUGGCUGCCUUGGUGGGGUUAUGGGGAUCAUUGUGGGGCAACCAUUUGACACGAUCAAAGUCCGACUGCAGACGCACGGCGCCCACUACACGAGUCCGUGGCACUGCGCUCGGCAUACGGUGCAACACGAAGGCGUGCGAGGACUGUUCAAAGGACUUGCAUCUCCGCUUGUCGGGAGCGUACCAAUCAAUGCGUUGGUGUUUGGCGUCCACGGUAGUACAUUGCGCGCGCUGGACAGCGCCGCCAUGCCAUCGCUCUCGUCCGUCUUCUACGCAGGCAGCAUUGCCGGGUUUGUGCAGUCCUUUGUCGUUGCUCCCACGGACCUGGUCAAGUGUCAGUUGCAAGUUCAGGACGGCUUCCAGCGCGGCGGGCGGCGCACGUUUGCCGGCCCCAUGGACUGCAUUCGACACAUCACCGCGACCCACGGCGCCCGUGGCAUGUUCCAAGGGUUGUGGCCGACAAUUCUGCGCGAUACCUUUUCUUACGGCGUCUACUUUUACGUGUACGAAGCCACCCUGCGGCACCUCGAGGCUCGGCGAGAAGCUCUCAACGCAACAUCCCAGCAAGCCGCGUCGAUGUUGUUUGCAGGCGGAUGUGCGGGCGUGGUGAGCUGGACGAUCAUUUACCCCUUGGACGUGGUCAAGUCUGUGAUCCAAAGCCAGCCUUCGACUUCCGACUUGGGUCUUGUUCGGCAUGCCCACACACUCUACCGCGAGCAUGGCUGGCGCGUCUUUACCAAGGGCCUCGGCACCACCAUCUUGCGGAUUGCCACCAUUGAUGUGAUCAACACCAUUCCAGAGUACCCUGCAGAAGACAGCAAGAUCCGAGCGACAAGUUCCCGUCGGUCCAGGGGUGGCAAUGGCACCAAUGUGUUGGUCGUGUGUGCCCAGAUCGGCGCAUUCGACUCACUUCACUGGAUGGGGGUGCUCGUGAACCCCGAGACAAACGGCGACGCCAAGUUCAUCUGCGACGAGUUGCACGGCCAGUAUGGCAUCCACGUCGACCACUGCCAAGUCGUAGCUUCUGGGGGCAUGCCGACAUCUUACAUCAUGGCGAGUGACGCCAGUGGAUCCCGCACGAUCUUUCAUCACCGCGACCUGGCCGAGUUGAGCGUUGACCACUUCGCAUCCCGCGUGCCCCUUGUGCAAGGAACCGUGUCCUGGACGCACUUCGAAUGCCGCGACGCCGCCGCCACGCCCGCCAUGCUCCGUCUCGCGCGGCCGGUGAUGCCCAUCAUAUCUUUGGAAGUCGAAGCGCCUCGCCACGAUUGGUCACUUGUGAAGUCACUCAUGGUUCCACUGGCAGACUAUGUGUUUGUCAGUCAAGGCUACAUCACAUCCCUGGGAUAUCCCAGCGCCACGUCAUUCCUUCAAUCGUUCGCUCAAGAAUACACGGCCAGUGUCGUCCCCACAAGUAGCAGGACUGACAACGACGACCGUUGGGACGUUCAUCGUUAUUUGAAAGCCAUGAUAUGUCCAUGGGGAAGCCACGGUGCGUUCGUGUGGAUUGUUCCUAGUAAUCCCACCGUUGGGAAGGGCGACACUUUGCACAUUCCAGUGCUGCCCGUGGAGUCUGUCGUCGACUCUGUCGGGGCCGGCGAUGCGUUUGUGGCCGCGACCAUCUCGAGUUUGCAUCGCGGCAACUCUGUUGUGGACAGUGUCGCAUAUGGCUGUGACGUGGGGCGACUCAAGUGCGUGCAAGUGGGGCUGCACUUUGACCCAUGCUCGCUAAAGACUUCGUGUCCAAAGUAG